GAUGCGAUAAUUCCACAUACACACUCACACACGGCAAAAAACGGUUAGGUUAUGUGUUUUAAAACGCGUCAUGUUUGUGUCGUUUGUUUACACUUGUUUCUAACAUUGUUUAAUCAUUACCUCGUUGUUAAGUGUUAAUUUUUACAGUUGAAAUAUCAAGACAGAAAGAAACCUGAAUAUUUUUCUCGUACUGUGUAAAUAGAAGAUGUAUGUUCCUCGAAAACAAGUAUUAUGCAGUUUAACUUAACCUAAAAAUACAAACUUUUAAUUAGAAUAUUUUUUUUAGUAAAGAAAGAAAGUGAAUUUAUUAUCAAGUAUUAAAUCUGUGUUUUUUUUCUUUUCUUUUGAAUUAAUAAUAACUGAUUUAGAAUAAUGAGAGAAAAGUGUGUGUAUAAUGAGUGACUCUGAUGAUACGGAUGUUUUACUUUUAAUUCCCCCGGAUUUAUUUAUUGUCCCCUCCUCUGAAUCUGAUGAGGAUAAUUCAUCUCGUACAAAACCUGGUGUUGUUUCGGAAUUAAUUGGACAUUUACAAUCUCUUGAAAAUAGGGUUUCCGCCAUUGAAUCAAAGGACAACAGUUUGGAUACAUCGCUCAAUAAUUCUCUAGAUCUUCCAAGACACGCUUCCUAUUCGAGUCCCAUAAGUCGUAGGCGGCAUCUUCCUAAAACCAAAUUUUCCGACAAGCCUAUGCCAAGGAAACAAAUCAAGGACAUGAAUCUCUCGCAAGUUGAUGAACUUUUGCAAGAAAUGGAAGCAACGGAAUUAGAAUUGGCGAAAAGAAUUAGUAACACAGAAUCAUCGUCAUCAUUAUCACAAAAUCAAAAAUUAAAUCACGAUCAUUUUCGAUCAGUUGGAAAUCAUCGACAUUCAACGCCACAUAAGAGAUUAAAUUUCGAUAAAGAUGAAAAGGAACUCUCCUUUUACGAUUCAUUGUUACAAACUAGUCCAAGUAAACAAAUUAAUGAUAAAUUAUUAGAUCUCUCAGUGCCAUUCGAUGAGACACUGCAAUUUAUUCAAACUGAAAAAAUGCUCGCCGACUAUAAGGAUUGGGAUACGGAUCAAAAUUGGAAGGAAACAAAGGGACACACGGAAAUAUCGAAUAAUGGUGUUGAAAAAAAAUCUGUUAAAUCAGAAGCAAAAACCGAUCAUUUACAUACACAAUCAUUGCCAGUACUCACUGGAAAUGGACAAUCAAAAGAUACCGAAAAAUUACGAUUGUCCGUUCAAUUUAAACAAAAUGAUGAGGCUUUACAGGAGAAAUAUAAAAAUUUUAUCAGUUUAGAAAAUUUACAGGAUAUUAAUAAUGACGUGAAAAAUCUUAAUUUAAAUCCUUUUAAAAUACCAGAACCGCCUGCUAAUGGUUUUGAUAUUUUUGGAAGACAAUUACAUGGUUACGACGAAAGUAAUAAGGAUGAUACGCAUUCUUCAACGAGGACAAAAAGUACAAAUAAUGCGUCUACCAAUACGGAAAGGAAAACGCAGAGACUAUUUACACUUUCCGACUUUUGGGACACAAAUACAAAUAAAUCUUCGGAAGAAAUGCUUAGGAUUAAAUUGGAAGAGGAGAAAUUUCGAAGAGAGCAUUGCGAAUUUCUAAUUCAAGAAUUGCAAAAACGAUUACUCGAGCAACAGGAAAAGGUUGCUGUCGCAAUACGAGUUGAUAAUGAAAAGAAUUUAGUGAUAUCACAAUUUCAAUCAUCGUGGAUGAAAUUGAAGGAACGAUGGCAAACACUUGAAUUAGAUUAUAAUAAUUUACAGCAAUCAAUUAAAACAGCGACGGAGAAACAUCAGGCGGAAAUUAGUGAAUUUCAAAGUCAAAUUAAAAGACUUGAGGGGGAAUUGUCGAAAACUUUGGAUUUAGCGUCAGGCUAUAAAGAGAAAAGCGAUGGCCUGGUCAAAGAGAAGGUGGACAUUCUGAAAAGCCACGCAGAUGAAUUGGAGAAUUACAAACUAUUGGUCCAACAAGCUGAGAAAAGAUACGAUCAGAUGAAAGAAGACUGCAAUAAACUAUUGGAAAAGAAUCACCGCACUGAAGAAAUCUUGAAGAAUGUUCAACAAGAAUUGAAUAAAGAGAGGUUAAAAGGCGGCGAGGUGAGGACUGAAAUGGCAGUUAUUCACAAAGCUCUUGAUACUUGUGAAGCAGAAUUAACCGUACUUCGUCAGGAGAAGGAAAGUUUACAAUUGAAAGUCAGAGAGGAACAAAAUAGAAACAGUAUUCUUGAACAAAAGAACGUCUCCUUACUUGCAAUGAUUGAUGACGUCAAAAAAUCCGAGAAAUUAGCCAAGGAUGAAAUUAAAUCGUUGAAUCAGCAGCAGGAUAAAAUCAAAGCAGAACUCCGAGAAAUAUAUCAGAAACAAGUGGAUGAUGUAGUGAAAUCUAAAUUACAAGAGUUUCAAACUCAACUCGAUACAGCAGAAGCAUCAUUUCAGGCUGAAUUCGAAACAAGACAACGAGCGAUAGCUGAAUGCGCAGCUAGAAAAAUAAAAAGCGUUAUUGACAAACAUCAGUUGGAAGUGAAACUAUUGGAAGAGAAACAUAAGGAAGAGAAGAGAUUAUGCGAAAUUCAAUUAGCACAAGUAGUACAGAAAUCAGCAAUGUUGGAAUCACAAUUGAAUACUCAACGAGCGAGUAAAAAUCAUUUAGCCGAACAACUUCACUCUGUUAUGCAAAACCAGUGGCAACAAGCUUUACGCAUAAUUUCCGGCGGAAAUGGUGAGAGUGUUGCCUCUCUUCAAAGGAUUAGUGCUGAGAAUUAUUUUGAAAUAAAACAACCGAUGAAUGCCGAACCAAUGAAACUUGAAUCACAUCAUAUUAAUACAAAUCAAUUUCAUGCUAAACAUUUUCAAGGCUUACAUGCACAAGAGGAACAUAAUGACAGUUUAAUUACAUUAACAUCAAACGAAGAGCCAGCCAAUUGCAAUAAGAAAGACUCAAAAAACGAUCUUCGUAAAUAUAUCAAAAUGAUAUUAGAUAUGCAACAAUCAAGGGAUGAUUUUACAAAAGCAAAAUUUACCGAAAAUGACAUGGGCAAAGAUUUUCCAAGAAAGCAUUAUUCGAAGAAAGAAUUGAGUAUUUUAAGCGAAGACAGUAUUACAUGGCAACCCCUUUCUGAGCCAAGUAUUCAUGAUGAAAGUGAAUAUUUCCCGGUCCCUCAGAAAAUACAUCAGAAAUUAGAUCCAUCAAAAACAAAACCUCCAUGGAAAUGACAGGACUUUCAAAGGAUCUUAUCCUUGGACGAAGGCAUUGACGAGGUAGAUUUUAUGUUACAUCUAAAAUAGUUGUAAUUCUAUUUAACCAGAAAGAAAAAAAGGAGAAAAUUUAUAAAACAUUUUUUUAAACAUUUGUACAAAUUUUUAUAAAACAAAAAUGUUUUUAAUAAAAUAAUUUGUAUUUUUAAUAUAAGUAGAUAGUAAUUUUUAG